GGCUGGUCGUUGCUGCUCCUGGGUCGGACCGGGCCGAAACGGACCAGACAUUGAACUAUACAGCGGCCGGAGUAUCGCCCUAUUCUUGUUCACCUCGCUCUGCGUCCAGAGAAUCCCUCCCCCGCGUCUUGAGCCGAAUCAGAAGGCCUACUGGUGCCAGAGUCGCUGGCGCCCGCGCAGGUUCCGACAUCUCGGCGCGCCUACUGUGCGCCCUCAGGCUGGAAAUGACAGGCGUAGACGUCGGGGAGCCCAGGCUGUGGCCAUCUCUUGGAUCCCAAGGACCACAGCCAAAUCCCCGCCCCAACCAGUUGCCUCUUCCGGAAGUUCGACCCCAAUACUUCCGGUUCUGCUUGUUCCUUCCGGUCGCCAUGUCGAUGGGGCGUCUUGGGGUCGAGGAGACUUUGGCAGCCCUCAACGCAGCCCUGGGACCUGGCGGCCCAGUGUGGUACAAGGAGACGCGAGCCCGCCAUCUGCGUGCCCGAGACUUCUUGGCGCCGCGGCGCGCGCUACAGGCGCGCUUCGAGGAGGGCCAGGUGCCCAAGCAGGUCAUUCACGCCAUUGCCGGCCUGCAGGGUCCCGGCGUGGCCCCGGUGCUGCGCUGCGCGCCGACCCCCGCGGGGCUGGCACUCCAGCUGCAGCGGUCUGCAGUUUUCGAGCGCGUCCUCGGCGCCGUGGCCACCUAUGUGGCUCCUGCCGCGCAUGCAGCUCUGGAACCUCGCGUUGUCCUGCACUGCCCCGCGCUGCGCGGCCGCCCCUGCGCCCUCCGCCUGAGCCAGCUGCGUGCCGUGCUCGUGGCCGACCACCUGGCGCGAGCUCUUCACGCUCACAGGGUGAGUGUGCGCCUAGUGCCCGCCGUGCGGGACCCGCACAUGCUGACCUUCUUGCAGCAGCUGCGGGUGGAAUGGCCCGCGGCCUCGGGGAGAGCCAGGACUGUGACCGAAGCCCUGAGGAGCCGUGCACUUGCAGAGCUCACCCCUGCCCAUGAUUCGGGAGCCCUACCCCCAGGCGCCCUGGGCCAAGUGUGCCUGAAGGAGCUGGUGGACGAACGGGGCCGCAGAGCUGGCUAUGACCCCAACCUGGACAGCUGCCUAGUGACGGAGGAGCUGCUUUCUCUGCUGGCUGAGCUGCAGGAGGCUGUGCAGCAUUGGCCGGAACACAGCUCUCUAGGCCUGGCUGCAGUCUCAGACACUGGUGCAGAUGGUUGUGUGGUUGUACACGUGGUGAGUUGUGAGGAGGAGUUCCAGCAACAAAAGUUGGACCUGCUUUGGUGGAAGUUGGAUGACCAGGCUCCUCUCAGACAGAAGCACCUGGUCUGCGGCCCAGUGAAAGUAGCUGGUGCGCCAGGCACCCUGACUGCUCCCGAGUACUACGAGCUCCGGCAUAUGCAGGUGUGCAAGGCCUCAGCACUGAAGUAUGGCAAGGACCUAACACAAGACCCAGCCUGGACAGAAAUCUUCAGGGUUCUCUGUGUGGCAACCAUUAAGUUUGAGAUGCUCAGCACAGCCCCACAGAAUCAGCUUCUCCUGGCCCUGGCUGACAACAGCAUUUCCACAAAGGGCACCAAAAGUGGCACCUUUGUCAUGUACAACUGCGCACGUCUUGCCACACUCUUUGAGGGUUACAGGUGCAGCGUGGAAAAAGGUCUGUACCCCACUUUCCCACCUGUGAGCAGUCUGGACUUCUCCCUGUUGCAUGAUGAGGGUGAGUGGUUGCUGCUCUUCAACAGCAUCCUCCCCUUCCCAGACCUGCUGAGCCACACAGGAAUGCUGGCCUGCACAGCCCCGGGGCUCCACAUCACUGCACGCACGGAGAUGGUUUGCAAGUUCCUGGUACAGCUCAGCAUGGAUUUCAGUUCAUACUAUAACCGGGUACACAUCCUAGGGGUAAGUGCACAGCAAAGCGGGGUAUGUGGGAGGGUUGCGGGGGAAGCAAAGGAUGAGACCAGCAGGCCCUUUCUUUCCUCCAGGAGCCUCGACCACACCUGUUUGGUCAAAUGUUUGCCCGUCUACAGCUUCUGCAGGCUGUGAGUGAUGUGCUCCACACUGGGCUGGCCAUGCUGGGUCUCCCUCCACUGAGCCACAUCUAAGGCCACAGAGGCCCCAAUGUCUGGGAAUGUCCACAAAAUCAACUGAAAAAAACAAGUAUCAAAAAAAAAAAAAAA